ACGGCAGACAGGCAGCGGCGCGCCCGACGACGCGGCGUCUACACUAUUUUUAUUUUGAUAGUGAUUCAUUUAACGACCUGAUUACGUUAUUUAAACCGUUCCGUGUACGUAAUUAAAAAACAUCGUUUACUAUCUGAGUGACGUGCAUUGUAAACACUGUCGAACUUUUUGGUGCUAACCUCUACUACGUUUUUUUUCGUCGUAAGUGGUGUUUUUGAGAACUGCAAGACUGAUCGAUAUGUGCAAGACGUUCUACAGAUGACUUUGUAUUCUAAUAUACCUAGGUGGUGUAUUCUGAUGCGGUGCGUGAGGGCGUGCUAGCGGGAUGCAGGGCGGUGGAGCGCCCGCCCCAGACGCCGACCAGGCACAGUUCGAAGCGGACAAACGCGCCGUCUACAAGCAUCCCCUGUUUCCUCUACUCGCGUUGCUGUUGGAACGAUGUGAGCAAGCGACGGCGGGGGUCGAGCCCCCGGCCGCCGACGCCUUCGGGGCGGACCUGCAGGCCUUCGUGCAGCACCAGCGCAGAGACAGGAGGCCCUUCCUCGUCGACGACCCGGAGAUUGACGGCCUUAUGAUUAAGAGCAUACAGGUUCUGCGCAUCCACCUGCUGGAGCUGGAGAAGGUACAAGAGCUGUGUCGCGACUUCUGCGGACGGUACAUCGCGUGUCUCAAGACGAAGAUGCAGAGCGAGAACCUGCUCAGGACCGACUACGGCUCAGGUGGCAUGGAGAGCAACAACAACUUGUCGGGGUCCCUGGAGGAGCACUCCAGCACGUCCAACUCUCCCCAGUACCAGUCCCCGGGCGCGGUGCCGUACGUGCCCCCCGCGCCGCUCGCGCCCCCCGCGGCCCUCGCCGACCUGCCCUACGCACCCCGUGACCCGCCCCAGUCCCUGAUCGUGCAGGGGACGACGCCGCUCGGGCAGAUCGGGGCCGCGCUGCUGCCCGCGGACUCCUACACAGGAGGCAACUCUAACAACUCGUGCUCGUCGGUGUCGGGGUCGCCGCCCCCCGACGACGACGCGGAGGAGGGCUCCAAGCGUGGAGUGCUGCCCCGCCACGCCACGCAGGCUAUGCGGGCCUGGCUCUUUCAGCACCUCGUGCACCCCUACCCCACGGAGGAGGAGAAGCGGUCCCUCGCGGCGCAGACCCGCCUCACGCUCCUGCAGGUCAACAACUGGUUCAUCAACGCCAGACGCCGCAUCCUGCAGCCCAUGCUGGACUGCUCCGNGCCAAGCGUCGAGGGCCCAACUUCUCAAAGUGAGCGCGGAAGUUCCACCGACCAUAUAACACACUCCCUGACAACGGAUCCUACUGCCGCAGGGCUCCUGUCCUCCUCCGAGGAUGAGGACCAGGACGCGGACCAGUCCGGGGACGAGCGGCCGGAGGACGGCGACGCGUACUCCGUGCACAGCAUGCACUGAGGGGCGCGAGGACCGGGGGGAGACCGGGGGGCCGGCGCCGUCGGUACCGACUGCAGAUUGUAACCUCAGUAUUAAAUUAUAACCUGCAGUUCUGUACUCGUGUGGAAAUAUCGUUGAAGUCUGCCUGAUGCGGCGCUGCCCCCGGGCGACUGGCGCUUCCAGCCGUGGGAAGAAAACAUUUCUAAUUUGUGAUAACUCGUUGCUGUUUAUAAUUAUAUUUGUAAUUUUACAAGACAAGUCGGCCAGGAGCUCGUGCGCUAUGCAGCUUAGAGUUCAGCGAUAGUUCCACCCGCGGGCGGCGACACGCGGCCGUGCGUGCGUGCGUGCAUGAGUGCGUGCGUAC